AUGAAUGAGGAUGGCCCUGAGGCACUAGACCUAACCAUUAGGUCACCUAUUAGCACAUCUUUGGAAUCAUCACGGAUGAAUAAUAAGGAACAUGAGAUUGUUCUUGCUCCUGGAACACAGCUUAAAGAAAAAACUCCAAAUGGUGACUUAAGCUCUACUAUCUUAUUAGAAAAUGAGAGACUUAUGUCAUUGACAAGCUUUGAAGAUUCAUCUGAUGAUGAUAUGGAUGAUGAAGAGUUUUAUGAUGAUCAUUUAGAGGCUUACUUUGAACAACUGGCAAUCCCAGCAAUGAUAUAUGAAGACAUAGAUGAACGGGAAAAUAUUGAAAAUGAUUUUAAGUUGCUUACUAGUGAUUCUAGUCAAGUAAAUGAAAAAAGUAGACUAAAUUAUAGCUCUCAGUCAGAAAGUGACUACUCUUUGGCCUGUAUUGCUUCACAAACUGCAGAAAACUCUGAUAUGGCCCACCCAGUGUCUCAGGAAUGCUCUGUUCUUGGUCUGCAAGGCAUUGGUAAUUCUGUACGAACUGGAGAUAGUAGAAAGCAUAUAGAUAUGUUACCAUACAACUCUGGUACUUGCAGAAUUGAAAAGGAGAAAGGAAGGGCUGAAACCUUGAAUGGUAUUGUUCCACAUUGUAGCAGAGAAGGCACAGGAGAUGAAGUUCUGUUGAAGACUGUCAAUUCUACUGAUGUGAAUGUUAACCCUACUCAUUUUCAUGACCAAACUAUCAAGAAAGGUGAUUUGAACUUGACUGGACCCUUCAAGCAAGAGACACAGCCUCUGCACCAAAAAAAUCUUUUGGAGUCAGACCCAAAAGUAAUUUUGCCAUCAGAUGGAUACUUAGACACUGAGACUCCCAGAAUGUUCAUUAAAAAUAACACGGAUAUAACAUCUUUGAUAUCUACUGACGACAAUGAGAUUAAGUCCACUGAUAAUCUCUGGUCACCAACCUGUGAAAGGCAAACAAGUGGCAUUUAUGAACCCUUUGAAAAGAGUAAAGACCAAAUUGAUCUGCCGCAGAGUGUGGUAUAUCAAAAUGAAGAGGGCAAAUGGGUAACGGAUCUUGCUUACUACACAUCAUUUAAUAAGGAACAAGAUUUAAAUAUGCCUCUGUUUGAUGAGAUGAAUGAAGACUUCAGAUCUGGUUCUGAAGCAUUAUCUUUGAUUGCACAAGAUGAAGAAGAAUUUUAUAAAGAACAUCAAUUUAUACAGGAAGAAAACAUAGAUGCCCAGAAUACUUCCGUUCCGCUAGGGGAUACAUCUUGGGGGAUUUCAGUUAAUUAUAAUCUGUUGAAGAAAUCACCUAACACAUCAGAUUUGAACAAAGAUGAUGCCAGUUAUUUACGUCUGUCUUUGGGAGAGUUCUUUGCUCAGAGAUCUGAAGCUCUUGGUUGCCUCGGUGGUGGUAACAAUGUGAAAAGACCAUCAUUUGGUUACUUUAUUAGAUCACCAGAGAAGAGAGAACCUGUUGCUUUAAUAAGAAAAUCUGAUGCAACAACAAGCAGUGUCGAAAAGGAAAUGGCUCAUCUUAAUAAUCUACAUUCAGGAGAUUUAACUGAGCAAUCUAAGACACAGCUAAGUGAAGGCUCAGUUACUCUGACGGUUGAAGAACUAAAGAAUACUUCACUAGAAGAUGAAAGUGAUGUGACAUUAAUUUCCAAUAAAGGCAAAAUGGAGGACAUUUUCUUAGUGGACAGCAAACCCAGCAGGAACAAAGAAGAGCUCUCUGAUAGUAGUGACUCUGUACUUAGAAUAAGCACCAUCGCUUCUGCCAUUGCAAAUUCAUCAGUAAAUACCGAUCCUUCUGAGCUUGCUGCCAUGAUGAAGGCACUUACAAAUAAAAACAGAGAGAAGACCUUUCAAGAAGAUACGGCAGAAAAGAACUUUUCAAUUGGGUCUCACUUCUUGACUCAUGAUUUAGAAAAGAGUAUGGGCUCCAACGCAUUUGAUAUGGAGAAAUAUCUUAAAAAAACGGAAGUUAGUAAAUAUGUAGGGUUGGAAAAUUUCUCAAGAGCUGAUAUUUGGGAUGUUUCUUUGCCAAAAGAACAGAUUUCACAAACUAUCUGUGCAGUAAAGUUAGAUCCUGCUAAUCUAAGUAGAACAGAACCAGAAGAAAACACUGCAGUUCUUUGUAGCAAACAGAGAGAGAGCCAGAUUCAGGAGUCAUUUAGAACUAUUAACUCUUCUAAUCCAGUGCUUACAAAUACAACUGAUAAAGAGAGUACAAUAGUUAAUGUGAAGAGAAAUUCUAGUGCUACCAAGCUACCAAAUAUUGAUAACAGUGAGAAAGUCACCUCAGUUUCUACACCAACAUCUGAGAGUUACUCACUCGUAAGGAACACCACAAUCACGUCCCUUCAGCUCUUACAAGAGUGUGAAGAAAUACAAGAUACCAGAGAAAGUCAGAGGCAACAUGAUUAUGUUACUGAUUUAAACAACAGUGAAAAGCACGUGAUUUUUGAAAAACACUCCAUAAAUUCAUCUGAAAAUGUUGAUUUGCCACAUACUUUUCUCAAGCAUGGUGGACAAGAUUCGGUGGAUGACCAGAGUAGCUGCAGACCUGCAACUUCACCACUGAGUCAUUCUUCUCCUAGUGAAGUUUCUGCCACAACUUUAUCCAGUUGUACUUCAGAAUGUUUGGAUCUAACCAGUCAACCUCUGAAGCCUCCCGGUGACAGUACAUUGUCUCAGUUGGCAUGCUCAGAUGCUAGUGUGAGCAGGCUGACAUACCUGUCUGAGCAUGAGAGCAGCUGUUCUGUCCCAACUACAGAUUACUUCCAUGAGGACCACAAGGACAACUUGGAUAAGAAAAAAGUGACUGAAACUACUCUCCUGAGUAGCAAAGCCGAAGAUGCAAAACUUAGCUUUAGAAUGCAUAAAGAUCCUGGUUUCAAAAGUGAAGAGCUUUCUCAAGCCAGUCCAAUAGACUUGUCAUCAAGCCCUCAUGAGUUGGACCAGAUCAACAUGGCUUUACCCAGCAGUGUAUGUCUCAGCCAUCAGGUUAUAUCAACUAAUGCCAACCUUGCGAUGAUAUAUCCAGAAACCGUUAACGAGGGUCAAAAAAUGAUGUCCAAAAAAACGUUAACUGCCAACCAUGAAAUAAGUAACCAGAUUCCUGACCAAACAGCUCCUUGUAACCAGUGUGCGCCGGUGCCCAACUUUGAGGGCCAUGACUCUGCUCCUGAGAUGCAGCAUCUACCUACUGCCAUACCUACACUCUUGCCUGGACAUUCAGUGACAGCAGUCCCUUUUGCCCGGCCAUGUUUGAGGGCAGUGCCUUCAGCUGGAAAUGUUGCUUUGCCUCCGUGCCAUGUCGGUGGUGCCACAGUCUGUGGUUUCUUAGGAGGCUGUCCUCACCAUGUGCUAUCGGAAGCACAUGCUCAGAACUCAGUGGCCAUAGGAAUUUGUUUAGGACAGAAUUUCAGCUCUGGAUUGAUGGGUUCGACUUCUCUUUGUAAUUCAUAUUCACAAGCCUUCAAUCAAAAUCUUUUAAGUACUACAAAACCUCCUGUGCAAUCUCUGGGUACAAACUGUGGAAUUGGGCCUUGGGAUUCAGGACGGAUGUUAGAAUAUGGGAAUGUAAGAGUACCAGAGGAGUUGAGGUUUCCUCAUGCUUGCUGUGUUGGUAUUGUUUCCCAAACCCACCUCAGCAUCUUGAAUCCAGCUGACCACUGGUUACAGGUCAGCAUUGGGGUGCUCAGCAUCAGUGUUAAUGGUGAGAAGGUGGAUCUUUCUACGUAUCCUUGCUUAGUUUUCAAGAAUAAAGUCAUCAUAAGACCACAUACUACAGAAGAGAUAAAAGUACUUUUUACACCAUCCAAUCCUGGGAUUUUCAGAUGUGUGUUCAGUGUUGCGUCUUGGCCAUUUCUCGCAGAUGCUGAGACAAUAAUACAGGCUGAAGCCCUGGCCCACAGAGUCAUUCUUACUGCUCUUGCUGAGAUCCCUGUCAUAGAGGUAGAAACCGAAAAGAAAGAUGUUCUUGACUUCGGAGAUUUGACUUAUGGAGCCUGGAAAGCUCUCCCGUUGAAGUUGAUAAACAGGACACAUGCCACUGUGCCGAUCAGACUUGUUAUUAAUGCUAAUGCUAUCGCUUGGCGUUGCUUCGCGUUUUCUAAGGAACCAGUUAAUGCUUCUCUGAAAACUGUUCCCUAUGUUGAUGUGAUUGCUCAACUAGCAACUCCAUCUGUGAUAAAUCAUACAAUGCCUCCCAGUCAUGAUGGACAGGAUCCAGAAUUUCUGAUAAUUUGGGUUCUUUUCCAUAAUCCAAAGAAACAGAUUUGCUCUUCAGAAAGUCUGGAUUCAGCAGAAGAAUAUCUGGCAAGAGUUGACGUAGAACUUGAUAGCCCAAACUCUGUUCCAGCUAUUAACAGUGUUAGUCUGCGUGCAAGAACAGGAAUAGCUCGGAUACAUGCUCCAAAAGACCUACAGACUAUGCAUUUGUUUGCUGAUGUGGCUUCUUCAACGAAGCAGCAAUUACCUUUGAAAAAUGCUGGGAACAUUGAAGUUUAUUUAGACAUCAAGAUCCCAGAUCAAGGAAGUCACUUUUCAGUGGACCCAGAAACUCUGUUUCUUAAACCUGGAGAAGAACGUGAAGUCAUGGUUUCAUUUACUCCAACAAAAUCCAAAGCCUGUGAGAAAAGGGUUAUGAAAAUAUUUGUGCAGCCAUUUGGACCUCAGUAUGAAGUAGUGUUAGAAGGUGAAGUAGUUUCUUCAGGACAUAAAUCUCUGACAUUUGAAUCAUCCUGCUCAGAUAUCCCGUCAAUUUUAUCCACCAAGCAAUUUCUGGCUUGGGGAGGUAUCCCUCUUGGUAGAACACAGCUUCAAAAGCUAGCUCUAAGAAAUAAUUCUACAUCUAUAACUCAACAUUUACGACUGUUUAUUAGAGGGCAAGAUCAGGACUGCUUUCAGCUUCAGAACAUUUUUGGUUCAGAAGAUCGAUUGACCAGUAAUUGUGAGAUCAGAAUUCAUCCAGAAGAAGACAUUAACAUCUCUGUAUUGUUUGCGCCUACUCGAUUAUCUUGUAUGUUGGCUAAACUAGAAAUUAAACAACUUGGAAUUAGAUCUCAACUAGGCGUUAAGUUCACAAUACCCUUGUCUGGAUAUGGAGGAACAAGUAAUCUUAUUUUGGAAAAUGUUAAGAGAUUAUCUGACCAUUACAUGGUUGCAGUGAAUGGCCUAAUUCCUGGUAAAGAACGGAGAGUUGUUUUUUCUGUUCGGAACACUGGUUCUCGAGCAGCCUUUGUUAAAGCAGUAUGUUUUAAGGAUUCUCAGAAAAAAAUUUUGUUGGAUCCUAAAGUGAUGAGGAUUUUUCCAGAUCAAUUUGUGCUCAAGGAAAGAACACAAAAACAUAUUACUAUUAUAUACACACCAUCAGACAGAGAGAGUGGUUGUAGAACUACAACGGAGCUAUCAACUAUAUACUUAUUUGGUGGUGAUGAAAUUUCAAGACAACAGUAUCGAAGAGCCCUUUUGCACAAACCAAAGAUUAUAGAACAGAUACUGCCAAAACAUAGUCUACUGCAGAACAUUGAUUUUGCUGAAGCAUUUCAAGAUGAGCUGCUAGUCACUGAAGUAUAUGAUCUUCCCCAGCGGCCUAAUGAUGUUCAGCUUUUUUAUGGAACCAUGCGUAAAAUUAUACUGUCAGUGAUGGGAGAAUUCAGCGAUUCCAUUUCUUUUGGAGAAUUUCUUCAGCCAUCUUCCAAAGCUAGCUUGGAAUCUAAAAGUGAACUUGGAACUUCUGGAAAACAUGGUGGCAAUGUUUCCUUGGAUGUUUUACCAGUUAAAGGUCCUCAAGGUUCCCCACUUCUUUUAGAAGCAGUUCACCCAUCUCACAAUAAACUAGAUUCUGAAGAAAUAUGGACUGUCCAGCCCGAGCACUUGAUUUUGAUAGCUCCUUGUUCAUGUGACAUGACAAAAACUCGAUGUUUCCAGAUUUUAAAUAAUUCUGUUAGGUCACUGAAAUUUGAACUAUACUGGCCAGCACAUUGCCUUACAGUAACACCCCAACAUGGAAUUAUCGAACCAAAGAGUAAACUACAAAUUCUUGUGAGUCCUAAUUCCUCCUUAUCCACAAAGCAUUCAAUGAUUCCAUGGAGUGGUUUGAUCUAUAUACACUGUGACAAUGGACAAAAGAAAAUUGUGAAAAUUCAAAUUCAAGAAGAUUUGACCCAACAAGAGGGUCCUUUCACUCCUUGGGCCUCUAGCCAAUUUGGAAUCCUCCCGUCAGGGCCUGAGCUUUCUGCCCGUCACUUAGUGAAAUCCAUAAUUCAACCACCUUCCACAAAAGUGGAAAUAAAAAACAGCACUGUUACUUUUCCUCCAACAGAACCUGGUGAAACUUCAGAAAAUUACCUGGAAUUUGAGAACCACGGUAACACAGACGUAAAGUGGCAUCUGUCAUCUUUUGCACCCCCUUAUGUCAAGGGAAUUGAUGAAAGUGGGGCUGUGUUUAGAGCUACAUACGCAGCAUUCAAAUGUACUCCAAUUUCCGGCAUGUUGACAAGCCACAGAAUUCAGAAGGUCUCCAUCAUGUUUUUGCCUAGAGAUGAAGGGAAUUAUGCCCAAUUUUGGGAUCUUGAGUGUCAUCCUCUGAAAGACUCCCAUAUGAAGCACACACUGAGAUUUCAGCUCUCUGGUCAGAGUAUCAAAGGAGAAAGUAAGCCUGAAAGUGUAUGCAUUUCCACAGACACCCUCAUUAAGACAGAUAAUUUUACUAGGCCCCGGAGACAAGCUAUAUCUGAAGUUUCUGGAGUUAUAUCUGGGCAGAUUGACCUAACUUGCCGUGGAGUUUAUGCCCCGGAGGAUGUAUAUAAGUUUCUGCCAACUACAGUUGGGGAGUCAAGAACAGUAAAAGUCACUUUGCGAAAUAAUUCAUUUAUUACACAUUUGUUGAAGUUUAUAAGUCCCAGGGAGCCAUUCUACAUCAAACAUUCAAAAUAUUCUUUGAGGUGA